GUCGGCAUACAUUUUCUGGCGGGAAAGCAGAGGAAGGAGAGUGAGAGAGAGAGAGAGAAAUGAGUUCGUCCUCGUCGCCGGCGAUUGAACCAGACACACCGGACCUGAUUUGCCAGCUCGAUAAUGUUCAAGGAAUGGUCGAUGCACUCACUUGCGUCCGAUGGAAACGCCACCAGGAUGCUUUAGUAGAAUUAUCUGAACACGGAAUAGUUUUGAUUGUUGAAGAAUCAGGUUGUCUUCAAGCCAAAGUUUAUCUUCAACGCGAGGUAUCGAUUUCUGAGUUUAUCUUAAAUUUUCUAAACCCCUAAAAUUCGAUUGAAUCCGAAAUCUGUUUGAUGUGUUAUAUGAGUAGCUAUUCACGAAAUACGAGUAUGGAGCUCAAGGUAGGCCGAGAUUCGGAAUCAGCUUAGGGCUUCUUGUUGAUUGCUUGAACACAUUUUCAUCACCUGGACAUUCUAAUACUAUAGAAAUCAAGUAUCCAGGACCUGAUAUGGAGCUUCUUCUCAAAUCUGUUGAUACCUUAAACUCUUGCAUCUACUCUGAGAUAAGAACUAGAAUUCCCGAAACUGUUACUUGGGACUACAACUUUGAGCAGGCGGGAAUCGCGCCACUUACUUUUACAGUAAAGUCAGCGGCGUUGAAGGAAGCAAUAGAUGAUCUUGAAUGGCCUGGUUCAAGUGUACAGAUCAGUCUUCAAAAGGAACCCCCUUGUGUAAUCUUUAGAGGAGAAGGACAUGGAGACUUGCAGAUAGACUUCAUGUAUUAUGCCAACACAGAUCUUCUCCUUGCCUUUCAUUGUGAUACCGAAGUCUCUUACGGGUACAAAUACAAGUUUUUGAAAGCAACAACGGCAAACAUACCGGGAAACGUAGUGAGAGAAAACAGGGGAAGCAAACUAACAAUAGGAAGAGGAGGAAUGUUGAAAGUUCAGCACUUGGUUUCAGUUUCUAAAGCUUUAGCUCCACAAGUGGAAUCCGCAGGGUAUCAGCCACCGAGUCGGAUUGCUUAUAUAGAGUUCUUUGUGAAGCCUGAAGAGCCUGCUGAUUAAUAGAUUUUCUCCUUCAGUUACUUUAUCUUUGUAAUUCUAGUUCUUCUUUUUAGUCAGUCUCUCAAUACUAUCAGUAUCAGUAUCAGAAAGAAAGAAAGAAAAAGUUUAAGGCUUGCAAAGAAAAACUGCGUGUGGUUUCAC